UAACAAAAUACAGUAUUUGGAAUUUUUUCAGAGCUUUUUGUUUUCGAGUUUUCAGUCUUCAGAUACCAGGUUUGCUGAUGCUUUUCAGAGUAUUUCUGGCGGAUUUUUGUGUUGCCUUCUGCGCGUACGUGGAACUCUGAUGCCAAUAUGGCUACCACAGGAAACCAGCGCGGAAUUUCGGAGAGAAUCGCGCAGGUGGUCUGCUUGAAAUUUGAGUUUGAAUCCGCGCUGCACGACAUCAUUACUGAUGCCAGUCUUCCGGAGAUUGAACAAGUUCGAAAAAUUAUCACUCAGUCGUCUGAGAUGCUGAAUGGAUGCCUGUUAAAUUUACAAAAGCGACAGGACACCCUUUCAGCAACACAGUUGCCGACCACUGCGAGGUUGUGUGCCGAUUUCGCAACGAAAAUAACACUGAACGGAGGAGCUGGAGAUGCAGCUAGCAGUAUUAAAUCCAUUCCGGCGCCAGUGCCGAAACCCCAAAAGACAGCCUCUCCGACACCGCCUCCACCGCCAAAAAUAUCUCCGCCGAAAGCCCCGAAACCGCAAAACGCACCGGCGCCUGUGUUGUCCAAAAAGCAACUGCGUGCACAACAGUUUGCACAAGUAACAGCGCCAGGCCAUAAAUCGAAAGUCUUCCAGGCGAAAGUUGCGAAGCAGCCCGUAAUUCAUAAAGCUACGCAUAAGAAGGCCGACUGGGAAUUCAAAGCUUAUUUUCCGGAAAUUCCUGCGACCAUAACAGAAGAGCAUCUGCGUUCCUUUUUUAUGCUAUAUGGAUUGGUGGUGAACGUAUCCAUUUUUUCUCGAGCCAAUAGCACGAAAAAGGUUGGAACCAUUCAAUUCGCCGCAAAGGAAGCAGCGCUGUACGUUGUGAAUAAGACGUUCUUCGUGCACGGCCACAAUCUUCGAGUGACACCGUUUCAGAUUAACCAAGUCCUUGGAAACGCAGCUGCGAAAAAACCAAAGUCGCCCAAUAAACCUCAAACCCAAGCGUCUAUCGUAACGCCAGCGGAAUCCGUAGGGUCGGCCACCGGAAACGACGUCAUGGAAACGCUGGGCAAUGCCAAUCACUUUACCGAUAGAUGCAUAACAUGUAAAACCGCACAAGUGGACUGCAUUAUACUCUGGUGUGGCCAUGUCAACGUGUGCUUGCACUGUGCUAGCCAAAUGCAAAAUUGUCCCGUAUUCGGAUGUGGCAAGGAAAUCGAGAAGAUCACCAAACUGGACGAUCGAUAGUAUUCUUAGGAGUUCCUUUUUAAUAUAAAAAUAAUGAUAACAAAACUGCACAAUGAAUGACCAAUAACUUUUUUUCGGGGUUCGUUUUUAUAUGAACGCACUGCACACUAUUGAUUAUGCAGUACUUGCUGUGUAUUGUACAACUGCUUUAUACGUUCUGCAGGUUUUUGCGUGUCGAUUGUUGAUUGUUGAUUGUAGAACAAUUAUUUAUCUUCUGUCUGAUUCUUGAGUAAACGUGGAAUGCGCUUUGUUAUAUGGAAUUAUGGUUUUCGAUUAGCGGAAACGAAUAGAUUAUUUCGAACGGAAUAAAGUUC